AUGGACAGCGCCCUCUACCCCCCAAACAUGCAACAGCUCAGCGACGGCAUCGUCCGCCGCGUGGUGCAGCGCAACCAGCCGCAGUCGCUCGACCUCUUCGCGGUGGCCGCCAGCGGCAGCAGCUCCAUGCACCAGGUGGACGACACGAGGCACCUGCCCAUGAACGAGGCCGAGAUGAAGCGCGUCGCGGCCGAGAUCGAGCUGCGGCGCCAGCGCAACCGCAUGCACCAGGCCAAGCACAAGAUGAAGCAGCAGAAGAUGGUCCUGGACCUUGAGAUCGGCAUCAACCAGCUCCGAGACGAGAUCCAGCAGCUCAAGCUGCGGAAGGAGGUCAUCUCGGCGGGGGUGGCCACCGACACGACGGUGUGGAGCGUGGCGGCCGAGUACUUCCGUCUCUUCCGGAACGGCUUCAAGGGCCCGAUGCUGACGCUGCAGCCGGCCGCCUCGGACCCGUCGUUGGGGGCGUUGCAGCCCCGCGAGUCGUUUGCUCAGCGAGAUUUCUUCAUCGCGACAAUGGCGGAGGACGUUGCGGGGGACACGGGCUUCGGCGUCGAGAGAUUGUUAGAGAACUGGCGGCAGCUGUCCACGUACCACGAGGACAUGGAAAUCGAGCUCGUGCGUCUUGAUUUGGGCUCGGACGAUGGUCUGGUCGCUACGGUCAGAAGCGCUACGACGCUGAGUGAGAGGGCGUUGAGGCAUGGAUUUCCGCACCUGUUUAACAGUGGACAGUGGACCGAUAUCGGCAGAAGGCUGCUAGGGAAGCGCUUGGUGAUGGAUGGAGCUGUGAAUUUCGUGUGGAGCGAGGAGAAAGGCCGCGUGGUGAGUUUGCAGUACUCCGCAGACAUGUUAACACCGAUGCUGCAGUUGUUGGGCAACUUGGAGGAUGUCGCUCGCGUGUUUGCUGGUGCGAACAUCACUCCAGAUAGUAGAUUGGCCAGAAAUGUAGAGUUAUAA